GUUGUUGUAGAAGUGCUUCGAACACACGAGUAGCUACGUCUCCUAUACUCUUUGAACGCACCAAGGAGGAGAUUUGUUUCGGACUUUUCGACCGCAGGACGUACACAGUUCUCAGAAGACAGAGGGACAGACCCCCUGCAACAGAUUCCCCCGUCGCUACAGCUGGCACAAUUACAAAGCUGACGAUUAUCAACCAUGUCUAACACUGUCGCUCCGAUGCUCUCCGUGAUCCCCAGUCGGGCUCUGGUCGAUGAGGAUUUCAAGGUGGUGGUGGAGAAUCUGCCUCCGGGAUCUCCAGUGACACUUCACUCCCUCCACCAGUCUGAGGACAAGGACUACUGGGAGGCCUACGGACACUACAUCAGUAAUCACAGAGGAACCGUGUCUGUUGCAGAUGAUUUGAGUUUUGGGGGAACGUACACAGGAAAAGAAGCCAUGGGUUUGUUGUGGAGUAUGCGUCCCGUCCCGGGCAGCCGCAAAGGCCUCAGGUUGAGGAAGAUGAACGUCUGCACCCCCCUGCUGGUCAACAUCUCCGUCUACGGGGGACAUCUGGUGGAGGGCUUCAGGGAGCAGGCUCCUCUGGCCUCGUCGCUCACAGAGAGAUGGUACAUGGCACCAGGACUCCAGAGGAUCCAAAUCAGAGAGAAGGGAGUGCGAGGGACCCUGUUUAUACCUCCAGGUCCAGGUCCCUUCCCCGGCAUGUUGGAUAUGUGGGGGGGCGGGGGAGGGCUGGUGGAGUAUCGUUCAGCCUUGCUGGGGUCUCAUGGUUAUGCUUCUUUGGCGCUGGAGUAUUUUGCCCCCGGCGAGAUGAAGUCGGCAGACACAGAGUUCAACUAUUUUGAGACAGCGUUUAAUAUUGUGAAAGACCAUCCUCAAGUGAUGCCGGACAAAGUUGGAAUUUUUGGUCUUUCCCUCGGCGCCAUGGUGACCGUCCUGUUGGCAGCAAAGAGCAACGUUAUCAAGCCUUCCUGUUGUGUUUGUGUCAGCGGAACCCACCUUUAUCCAAGCGGGGCGUCCAUCAAAGAAGUCCACCGAUUAUUGUACAUGAAAUCUCACAAGAUGCGCCUGGAUGAGAACAACUAUGAGAUAUGGCGAGAUAUGGGUCUACCGAUUCCUGAUGAUCUCGCUCACAAAAUAGACGUGGGGAGAAUAAACUGUCCAAUUAUGGUGGUGAACAGCUAUGAUGAUCAGAACGGGCCCACAGUGGAGGCUUCUGAGGACAUGGCCCAGAUUAUGCGCGCAGCAGGGAAUAAGCACCUGCUGACCAGACUUUACUACCAUGGUGCUGGACAUCUGAUUGAGCCGCCAUACACACCUCACUUCAGAGCUACUAAGUUUGUAAAGGGCACAAACGAGAAAGUGAUAUUGCUGUGGGGAGGACAAACCAAACCCCAUUCAGACGCUCAGGAAGACUCCUGGAAGAAGAUCUUGGCUUUUCUGAAGCAGAAUCUGUACUCCAGCCCAGCUCUCAACGCCAAGAUGUGAACGAUUACACAAGCACAGAUCGCGAACAAAUCACUGCUGGAAAACGAGUGUUGUGUGACCAGGCUUUGUUAGUAGAGUAACACUAAUGUUCAUUGGCUCCUCACUGUGUUGAUCAUGUACCUUUCUUCUGAUCAGCUGAGGUUAGGGCUGCACGAUUAUGGCCAAAAGGGAAGGCAAGGCAAGGCAGCUUUAUUUGUAUAGCACAUUUCAGCAACAGGGCAAUUCAAACACAAAAUCAGUUAAACAGAUAAAAGACAAGUAAAAACAGUUAAAAAUCAUAAGCAUUAAAAAACGGUAAAAAUGGUAAAUGAUAAUCACAAAUAUUUUGAUCAAAAUUUUGAUCACGAUUAUUUGUUAUUUUAACCAAAACAAAUUUUUUUUUUCACAUAUGCUUUUUAUAACUGGAGAGGGAGUGUGAUGGACGCUACUCACAGAGAGACGGCUGACUCAUUAUGAACGGGUUCAGCACGGGUCGAAUGGCGGAUAACAGAGUGUAAAUUGUGUAAAUUUCCCAUUGCGGGACUAAUAAAGUAUACAUUAUUAGAUAUUAUUAUUAUUACAGAUCAGGAUGGGCUGGAUGGGCAUUAUUACCCUUUGCUUCUUCAGUCUGACUCUCGUUAGACUUUGUUUUGAGGGACAAGAGACCCCUGCUUGGUACAGUAGACAGUCAAACUACAACGUACUGUACACUUGUGUGUGUGUGUGUGUAUAUAUAUAUAUAUAUAUAUAUAUAGAUAGAUAUGCAAGUGUACAAAAAAUUGUGUGUGUCACACACACAAUUUUUUU